AAUCUGGUCCCGGCCAAAGCUCACUACUGUACUGUACAUACUAGGCUAGCUAGUACAUCAAUGAAGUCCUUCGAACUGACCCGACCCUGACUCAUAUUAUUGUUUUACUGCAUCCUUGGUUUCCAACCAUAAUUUUCUACAUCGUCGCUUUGUUUGAAACCAUGACAUCGACUCAACCUGAAACCCUCAGCUUGGCAUCUUCCUCACGAGAAGAGGGCGACAAGUUGGAUAUGGAUAUGUCAUCGCAGUUUGGAGAUGAGCUCGACAACCAAGGCACGAAGGAAAAGUGCGAGGUGAAGAACCUCACCAAGGAAGAAACCAAACAGAUCUGGAUUUGGAAGAUCCUUGUGCUUCUGCUCCUCGUUACCACCGCAUCACUGGUGUCUGUGGGAGCCUAUAUCUUUCUAGACCGGGAAGAAGACCACAACUACAAAACCAGCUAUGAUCAAGUCGUGCAAACCAUCCAAGAUGCUGCUGAAUUCCACGCCUCCAAUAUCUUCCUAUCCCUCCGUUCCUUCUCCGACACCAUUACGGUUUCAGCCGAUGCCCUAGGCGAAACCUUUCCGUUUGUGACAAUCCCAACUUUCGAGGCCUUGGCAGCCCAUGUUCGCUCCACCACUGGUGCAGAGAUGAUCAACUGGCAUGUCAGGGUGGAAGAAGACCAGCUCGAAGAAUGGUCCAACUACACUCUGUCCAACUACAAGACCAAUCUAGCAAUGAGCCGAGCUACUGCUCUCACAUUGCAGCCAGAAGGUUCCUCUGUCAAGCCCAGUGACUUUGUGGAAGGUGACAUUGCUCCACUCCCAUACAUCCCCAACUUUAAGGAGGGCGGGAUCAUCCUUGCUCCAACCUAUGGAGAAGGCCCAUACUUUCCUGCAUGGAUGGUGUCUCCCCCUAUUUUCCAUCCCUCCUUUAUGAACAGUGAUCCUGCACCCUGGGCUUUGAAGAAAGAGAUCCCUGCUGCCAUUGAAGCAAGGCGCUUGGUGUUGACAGACACCGUUCCUGUUGAGAACCUUGCCAACCGUGCCAUCAAGCUUGAGGACCAUGAAGCCUACCAUGCAUCAUUGGUGGAUUAUGUGAAUGAAGAAGGUGGGACUGCCUUUAUGCAUCCUCAUUCUGCAGUCAUGGUUCCCGUGUUUGAGAGGCUCCAUGACACAGAAUCAAGAAUUGUUGGGACCUUUGCAGUGGUCAUCCCUUGGGACCGCUACUUGGUCAAUUUGCUUCCUGAAGGCGUUGAUGGUAUCACCUGUGUUCUCCGCAACAGCUGUGGCAAGGCAUGGACCUAUGAUCUUCAUGGCAACUCAGCCUAUUAUAGAGGGGAGGGAGAUCUCCAUGACCCCGCCUACACGCACACUGAAGCUGUCCUCUCAUUCCGUGAUCCCACCCUUCCAGAUGAUGCUCAACAAGUGCCAGGGGAGUGUGAGUAUUCAUAUCACAUUUAUGCUACAAAAGAUUUUGAGGACGACUUCAAAUCCAACCUUCCUUGGGCUUUGACUUUGGUUGUUGCUUCAACCUUUGCCAUUAUGAUUGUGGCCUUUAUCAUCUAUGACCUGUUUAAUAACAAGCGCAACAAGAAAGUGGUAGGGCAUGCCACAAAGACCAAUGACAUUGUGUCAUCUCUCUUCCCAAAGGAUGUCAAGAAUCGUCUUCUGGAGGAAGCGGAAGAGAAGAAACGCCAGCACAAGAAGGCCUUGGAUCCUCUAAGCAGCUUCAUGAACACCAUGGACAGGCAGAGCUUGUCUGCAUCGCGGGAGAGUGGUGCCAGCAUGAACAAGCAGUCUGACCCAAUUGCCGAUCUUUACCCUAAUUGCACAGUCUACUUUGCCGAUAUUGCUGGCUUUACUGCCUGGUCCUCAUCCCGGCAGCCAGUUGAUGUAUUCAGGCUAUUGGAAGCAAUCUAUUCAGAGUUUGAUCGGAUCUGCAAACGUCGACGUGUUUUCAAAGUUGAAACUAUUGGAGAUUGCUAUGUUGCCAUUACAGGCAUCCCUGAGCAACGCAAGGACCAUGCAGUGUCAAUGGCUAAGUUCGCUUGGGACACACGGGACAAGAUGCGUGAGGUGACCAACCGUCUGCGGGAUACACUUGGCGAAGACACAGGAACCCUGGAUCUUCGCAUUGGCUUACACUCAGGUCCAGUGACAGCAGGAGUCCUUCGGGGAGAAAAGUCCCGCUUCCAGUUGUUUGGUGAUACAGUCAACACAGCAGCCAGGAUGGAAUCCAAUGGAGUCAAAGGGAGAAUCCAGCUGUCUACAGCCACGUCAGAUUGCCUACGUGAACGAGGGAAAGGCAACUGGUUGACUGCCCGUGAGGACCUCAUUGAAGCCAAAGGAAAGGGAAAGUUGCAAACAUUCUGGCUGGAGAAUGUGCAGAAAACAUCCACCGACUACACACGAAGCAGCAUUGCUAGCGGCGACGACUAUUCCGAACGUGAUCCCUCCCUCCACCAAUCCUCCCUCCACCAAUCCUCGUCGUUCCCCACAGCGGAUAAGCGCGAAAGCAAGUACGAAGCGGAACUGGACGUCUAAGCUUCCUUCUGACAACCACCGGUACAGGCGGCUGUGCUCCUACGCUUUUGGGGUGCAGUCUUUCUCUCUUGGGUUUCUUGGAUAUUAGGAUAAUUGAUAUAAUCGAUGCAUGUUUACUCGUGCUCCUAGCUGCUCUAGCUAACCUUUCGUUUCCGUCUU